GACAUCCCUGAUUACGUGGCAACCUGGGGUUGCAGGCUUGCCUCCCCAAUAUGGGCUACGUCCAAAAACAAAAAGCAACAAUCUAAGCGGCAACGCCGCGGCCUAUUUUGCCGUAACUCCUCGAAUUCCACUGACGGCACCACUCACUCACUCCACACUCAACGCGUCAACCUCAGGUAUCUUCUACUGCCAAUUUUCCGGCGAAAUUAUAGCGAUUUCAACCUGAAUUUAGCAGCAUGCCGCCGGAAGAAACAGUUUCCAAAUCACCUCUGGACAAACCGCUCCACCUACUUACCGAUGACGACAUUUCUCAGCUUACUCGCGAAGAUUGCCGCCGUUACCUUAAAGAAAAAGGAAUGAGAAGGCCGUCAUGGAAUAAAUCACAGGCGAUUCAGCAGGUGAUUUCACUGAAGGCGCUUCUCGAGACGACACCGGAUUCCGACACCGGCCCUCGGAGAAAACUUCACAUUCCUCGCCCAGACACUAGAGUACAGCAAGUCCAGAAAGGAACGGAUACCGAUGCAGAAUUUUCGAAAUCUGCUGAAGGGAUGGUGCCAUACGGAAGAAAACAUUCGAAAAAACCUGAUAUUCCCGGUGAUAUAGCUGCCGGUUCAGUUGCCGUUGCUGCCGGCAAUAACUUAGCUCCUUCUAGAACCACAGAUUUGGGAAACACACCAGCAAGUCAAUUGACAAUCUUCUAUUGUGGCAAGGUGAAUGUGUACGAUGAUGUGCCCGCUGAAAAGGCACAAGCAAUCAUGCAUCUUGCUGCAACUCCACUCUUUGUGCCUUCAGAAACUCCAUUGGGUGCUACCUUAGCGGCUCGACAUUCCGAAUGCCAUUUGCAAGCUGCAAGUGUUAAACAGGGUCCAGAUUCUGCUAUGGUGCUCAUGCCAACCAUGCAAACAGGGAAAAUGAGUGAAGUGACUCGCCUGCGUCUGGAGGAAAGCAAUACCUUCUAUGAAGACAACUCUGCCAAUUAUGCAGAAGCAGUGGAAGGCCACCCAAGCAGGAAAGCAUCAGUACAAAGAUAUCUUGAGAAGCGGAAAGACAGGUUCAAGAGCAAGAGAAAGAUAGGAAUGUCUUCGUCUGCUAGCUUGGACAUCUAUGUGAACCAUCAAACUGGAAAUCAUACCCCUAAUGAGCUCUCAAGUAGGAGCAACACUUGUUCCCCUCCCACAAUUAAACUAUCUGCUGCACCUGCUCCAACUGGUAUAAUGGCUAACAAUAUCGAAAUGAAUGCCAGAGCUUCUGCUUUUCUCAAUGACAAAGAUGCUAAAGAGUGAAAACUGGAUGGUGGGGAACAGUAGCUGUCUAAUUUGCUUUCAUGCACCAGAAAGUCUGGGAGGUAACAUCUUUUCCAGCGUCCACAUAGUCGAGAGGAAACAGGGUGGGUUGUUCAUUGUGAAUCUGUGUCCAAAAGCACUUUGCAUUUUUGCUGUUGCCAUUCCUCAGGCAAACAUGAAGAGAAAACUAGUCGGGAAUAGUCAGUCCUCUGUGAUGCGAUGUUUUUGCUUUCAGAAUCUUCUGGAAAGCCACUCCCUACGAAUCCCACUUUAGUAUAGAUUUUUAGGCAGGUGCAUUUUUCCUUUUGCUGGAAUUGGUUCUCAAGGAGCUAACGUGGGAGCCCUGUAAUUAGUCUCUGUAAUUUUCCACUAACAGUUAAUUGGCUGAAGCUGAACCCUGGAAGUACUUGGGUUACCAAGGCAAGUUCUCGUUUUAUUUGGACUGAUUCUUAGGAAAAUUUAAGUGGUUUGGUUAAUUCGUCAACAGAUGCUACACUAACAAGCCAUGAUUUCAACGAUUCUUGUUGCAGUAAGGCUAAAAUAUUAGGACAAAUGUAUUAAUGCUGAUGAGGAGUACUUUGGUCUAUAAGGGACAUGUGGUUCACUAUGUUAGGAAAUUGUUCGGAUACCUAGCUCGAGACUGUAAUUUUUGAAAGCAUGUUAGAAGAACGUUUAAUGUUUAUGAUGUUCACCUGA